AUGAUAAGCAACGAACAGGUCGGGGCGGACCACCUGGCCGUGAGGGGCCAGGUGGCUGGUCACCUGCUCCAGGAAGCCCCCCCACCCCACCACCACCACCGCCCAACCCCUCCGGCCAGCCACACUCUGUUUGCUGGAGGGCUGCUGAGUGGAGUCCCAGCCAGACUGGGCGUCUACAUCAUCCCUGCCGGCCUCUCCUGCCUGCUGGCCACCGCCUGCCUCUGGGAGAGCGUGCCCCCCACCCCGCCCUCCGCGGGGGCUGCCCACUCCAACGCGGAGAAGUUCCUGGACGGGCUGAAGCUGAACGGAUCCUGGCCCCUCUCAAACCCCCUGGGCAUCCUCCUGGCCAACGUGUUGUCUCCUGCCCUGGUGAAGAAGGAGGAUGACAUCCCCAUAAUGCUGGGCGUCUACAUCAUCCCUGCCGGCCUCGCCUGCCUGCUGGCCACCGCCUGCCUCUGGGAGAGCGUGCCCCCCACCCCGCCCUCCGCGGGGGCUGCCCACUCCAACGCGGAGAAGUUCCUGGACGGGCUGACCCUCCUCGCGAGGAACAAGGCCUACGUCGUCCUGGCCGUGUGCUUCGGGGGCGGCGUCGGCAUCUUCUCCAGCUUCUCGGCCCUCCUGGAGCAGGUCCUCUGCGUGAACGGCUACUCCAACGAGUUCGCAGGCCUCUGCGGGGCUCUCUUCAUCGUGUUUGGGAUCCUGGGGGCGCUGGCUCUCGGCCUGUAUGUGGACCGGACCAAGCGCUUCACGGAAGCCGUCAAGAUCGGCUUCUGUCUGACCUCUUUGGUCUGUGUGGCCUUUGCCCUGGUGAGUGUCCCCGCAGCCCAGACCACCCCACGGGGAGAAUGGGUGCUCCGGGCGUGGGCAGCUGGCAGCCCAACCAGACAGGCAUCUAGGCCCUGCCUGCUGGGCACAGCCCCCCCUAUCAUGGUGCUGCUGACCGCCCUGACGGUGCGCCGCUCGGACCCGUCCUUCUCCACCUGCCACAGCGGCCAGGACCCCCUGGACUGGAAGGUGUCCAUGUUGACGAUGGCCGGCCUGUGCACCCUCCUGAGCUGCUGCCUGGUACUCCUCUUCCACACCCCCUACCGGCGCCUGCAGGCCGAGGCCCGCUCGAGCCCCUCCCUCCAGGACUUUGGGAGCCCGGCCGCGGACCAUGCACCCCUCCAGCAGGCCCUCCCCCCGGCCCCGUUGGGGCACCCCCAGGGCCCCGGCAAGGACGCUGCAGGGGAGGCUCAUUCCUAGGGCCUCCUUGGACAUGCAGGGACUGAGAGGCAGCCUGGGGAGUGGAGGAGCCGGGAGAGGCGGCUGGGGCAGCCACACUGAGCCCGGGCAGGUCCUAUAGGGGCACGAGGACUGCAGUGGGCAUGGUGCAGGGGCAGCGUAUGGGGACAUGGCUCACGGGGAGCUGGACAGGUUGUGGGUCCUGAGGGCCCCAGAGGUCAGAGACUGGAGUGCACAGGGGUGGGGAGGGCCUUCCUUGAAGGAGCCCAUCCCAGAGCCUCUCUCAGCCUCCAUUACCAAGUGACCAGACACCCAGCCUCAUGUUGACGGGGGUGGCUUGGGUGCCGACGGGGGUGGUUCGGUGCCAACAGGGGCCUGGGUGUAGGUGGGUGCCAACAGGGGCCUGGGUGCUGACGGGUAGGGGUGGCCUGGGUGCUGAUGGGUGGUCCAGGCUGUUCUGGGGGCAGAACAGAUAGAGGGUCCCACAGGCCGAUGCCCCCCAGGCCCUCCGACCCCAGGUGGACACGUCCCCUCCCCACAGACACUUGCAGGCAGGUUGGUGGGUUCGGGUUUAUUGAACUGGCCCCACGCAGUGGGGGUGGGGUGGGCACCC